AUGGCCGGCCACAACAAACGAAAGCGCCAGGACGAGGAUCCUGAGCCCAUUGCCGAGAUGGUGGGCAAUGACUUCGGCGUCGCUGACACUUUAUCACGCCUGCAGGGUGGCUCUCCCACGGAGUCCAAUGGAUCCAAGGGCCCCGAGGAUGGGCAGCAUCGCAAGGCGAAGAAGAAGCGCGUGGAUGGUGCAAAGACCAAGUACCCGGACAUGACAUAUGUAGAUGGGAAGAUGCAGUCGUCCAUCCGCAUCGCGGACCUACAGGGUCUACUCCUCUAUUGCUUUGCAGAUGGUGUCGCACCGCAAUGGAUCUCUAUCAAACACUCUGGACAUAUGCGCAAGGUGGUUGUUCUGAUGGUUCCCGGCUUGGAAAUCGGAAUGUUUGACGGCACAGUCCCGUUAGAACCCAUUGAGACUAGCAAAGAGCAAACAACCGAACUAUCCGAAGAAGCAGACCAGUCCUCCGAAGAUAGAAAGGCCGCCGACUUCCAGAGAUGGAAACAAGGCCUCGGACCCCCAGAUCGAUCUCAUCUCUUCAAUCCUCGCCCUCUUUCCUCCGACACCCUCCCCGAGCCCUUGCAACCAAUGGCUGAGAUGUUCCCGCACGUCUGGCCUGUGAAAGCCCCGGGUGACAACAAAUACAACAAGGUGCAUUCGCCUUUACAAGCAAUCUUGCUAUCAUCGCUCCCCAAGUCAAAGGAUGGGGACUCGAAACAGAAGGGCCCGCGAGCGGCCAAAGUUGAGAGGGGCUUUGUGGUUCAGCGAACGCCUAUUACAACUUUCAUCCACUCUGCGCUCGAGCUGGCCGAAAGCGAGUACCCCUUACAUCCCGCCCUUUUCCCGACAGACCAAGAGAAGGCAUCUCACGCCGAGACUCGGCGUCGCAAUGGUCAAACUGCAGAGAAUGGAUGGGUCGAUACCAACGUCCCGAGCCUGGAGGCCGGCGAUGUGCCGGACGCUGAGAUUGAAAAGGGCAGCGCGACUGCUGGCAAGGAUGUAUUGGCCGUUGACUGCGAGAUGGUGAAGACAGAAGGCGACAAUUUCGAGCUCGCUCGUAUCAGUAUCGUCAAUUGGGCCGGCGAGGUCGUUCUUGACCAGCUGGUGAAACCGUCGCGGCCUGUGGUCGACUACCUUACAGCGUUCUCAGGCAUGACCGAAGAGGGGCUUCGGGAUGUAACAACAACGAUUGAUGAUAUCCAAAAGCGAUUGCUGGAGCUCAUCACCCCUCGGACCGUGCUGAUUGGACAUUCCCUUAACUCCGAUCUCACUGCACUACGUCUCACCCACCCGUUUAUCGUGGACACUACGAUCAUCUACCCUCACCCGCGUGGACCACCUCUGAAGUGUGGCUUGAAAUGGCUCUCUCAGAAAUAUCUCAGCCGCGAGAUCCAGAAAGGCUCCAACGGCCACAGCUCGGUUGAAGAUGCUCGGGCCGUGCUCGACCUUGUCAAGCUGAAAUGCGAGAAGGGCGAGCGCUGGGGCACCAGUGAUGCGUCAAAUGAAAGCAUCUUCCGUCGGCUCGGACGGUCUAUCAAGCCGGGCAGGAACCCUGGCGAAGGACGAACGGGCGCAGUGGUGGACUGGGGCAAUCCCGAACGCGGCUUUGGGUCGCAGGCGACCGUCGCAAUCGGGUGUCGUGAUGACGAGGAUGUCGUCAAGGGUGUCUCGGCCGCCAUUAACGGCGAUGAGUCCAACCCAUCCAUCCCAGGCGGUGGUGUCGAUUUCGCGUGGGCGCGUCUCCGCAACCUCGAGCUGCUGCGCGGCUGGUGCACCCGUCUCCCGGACGCCAACAACGCCAACGAAUCUACGACCGUGGCUCAAGAAGAAUCCUCCAAUGAUUCAACGACAACACCCGAAGGCCUCAAGGAAGUCGUCACUCGUACCGUGUCCGACAUUUCCCGCAUCUACGAAUCGCUCCCUCCCUGCACCAUGUUCAUUGUGUAUUCCGGUACCGGUGACCCGAGGGAGGUGACCCGUCUCCAGGGGAUGCACAAAACUUAUCGCGAAGAGUUCAACUCCCGCAAGCCGUGGGAUGAGCUGACUGUGAAGUGGACCGAUACCGAGGAGCAGGCGCUGAAGAAGGCUUGCGAGCGAGCUCGUGAAGGAUGUGGAUUUAUGUGUGUUAAAUAG